AUGGAAUGCAGAUGGGAUGUCAAUGGCAGUGCUGAUUUUUGUUCUGAGGAAGUUGAGAUCAUAUAUUCGGCAAUUCACAGCACUAUAAGUGAGAUAGGAGACAAAUCUUUCGGAUGGCAAGGACGCGAUGUGAAAAGCCAUGUUAUCAAGAUUUGGUUGGAUUUGCUCAAAUCCAUGUUGACAGAAGCACAAUGGUCAAGUAACAAAUCAGUGCCAACCCUUGAUGAAUACAUGACAACUGCAUAUGUAUCGUUUGCUUCAGGGCCUAUUGUCCUUCCAGCUCUGUAUUUUGUGUGGCCUAAGCUUUCAGAUGAGGUUGCUGGACAUCCUGAAUUGCUUAAUCUAUUUAAGGUUAUGAGCACUUGCGGGCGUCUGCUCAAUGACUGGAGAAGCUUUAAGAGAGAAACUGAAGAAGGGAAAUUGAAUGCUGUCUCAUUGUACAUGAUUCACAGCGGUGGCGCUUUAACUGAAGAAGAGGCCAUUGAACAUUUUAAAGGAUUGAUCGACAGCCAGAGAAGACACUUGCUUCAAUUAGUUUUGCAGGAAAAGGAUAGUAUAAUUCCUCGACCCUGCAAGGAUUUGUUUUGGAACUUGAUAAAGAUAUUGCACACGUUCUACAUGAAGGAUGAUGGAUUCACUUCAAACGAGAUGAUAAGUGUUGCCAAGGCAAUACUAAAUGAACCCAUCUCUCUAGAUGAAUUAUAAGCAAAUGCUAUGAAACAUGUGAAUCCUGCCUACUUUUCUGAAUUUCUCAAACCAGCAGCGAGGUAUCUGUCAUUGUUGUUUAUGAA